AUUUCUCCAUUUUCAUUCUCUAAAGUUGAACCAUAAUAAUAGAAAUAAUAAUAUCAAUAUUUUGCAACCAUGUCAUCAUCAAGUGGAACCAUUUGGAGCUAUGAAGAAGAGAAAGCAUUUGAGAAUGCCAUAGCCAUGCAUUGGAUUGAAGAAGACUCAAAAGAGCAAUGGGAGAAGAUUGGUGAAGAAGUUCCAAGCAAAACCAUAGAAGAAUUGAAGCAACAUUACCAGUUACUAGUGGAAGAUGUAACUGCAAUAGAAGCUGGUCAAAUACCAUUCCCAAACUAUACAUCAGAAGAAACUACAUCUUCAAGUAAAGAUCUCCAUGGAUCUUCCAAGUCUUCAAAUUCUGAUAAGAGAUCAAAUUGUAACUAUGGAAGUGGAUUCUCUGGCUUAGGACAUGAUUCCUCAACCUCUCAUAAUGGUAAAGGAUCCUUGUCAAGAUCAUCAGAACAAGAAAGGAGAAAAGGAAUUCCAUGGACAGAAGAAGAACACAGGCUAUUCUUACUUGGUCUAGACAAGUUUGGAAAAGGAGAUUGGAGAAGCAUUUCAAGGAACUUCGUGAUUUCAAGGACUCCAACACAAGUAGCAAGUCAUGCACAAAAGUACUUCAUAAGAUUGAACUCAAUGAAUAGAGAUAGAAGAAGGUCUAGUAUCCAUGACAUUACAAGUGUCAACAAUGGAGAUGUGGCCAAUAAUCAAGCACCAAUUACAGGACAGCAUGGAGGCACAACAAUCUCAUCAAGCACAAUAGCUAUGGGACAAUCAAUGAAGCAUAGAGCACAACCACACCAUCAUCAUCAUCAUAUACCUGCUGGUUUAGGCAUGUAUGGUGCACCAGUUGGGCACCCUGUGGCUGCUCCUCAUGGCCAUAUGGCAUCUGCAGUUGGAACUCCGGUCAUGCUUCCUCCCGGACCGCACCCUCAUCCGCAUCCACAUCCUCAUCAUCCACCUUAUGUUGUUCCUCUUGCUUAUCCAAUGGCACCUCCAACAAUGCACCAAUAACAAACUCUUUUAGUUUUGGUUUCUGUAGUUAGUUUUUUUAGUAUGGACUCAGAGCAAACUUGUGUUAAACUUGGAACACAAGGGAAUGAAGAUAGUAGGGUCUGUGAUGUUAAAUUCUAUUCCACUCUAAAGUAGUUAAGUGUAGUCUAUGCAUAGAGUUUGUUAAAUCCAAUGGUUAUGGUUAUUAGUUUAUAUGGAUUAGAGUCUGUUUUCUAGUUUGCUUUCACCCUAUCCCUGUUAGGUGAUGGGUGUGAUGCUGAGAAUUUCAUCUUGGUGUAUAUGAAGAUAUGUAUAUGUAAACUUAAAUACUGAGAAGUUGAAGCAAAUAAAUUUAUUUCUGAUCUUA